CCGCCGAUUACCCGAAGAACGUCACCUACCGCACUUCUACUCGCGCCGCCCCCCAAACACACCACCACCCAACACUAUCGGAAUUGGUUCGGGAGCAGGUCAAGCAGGAGGCAUGGCGGCGGCGGCGGCGGCGAAGAUAGCGCCGUCGAUGCUCUCGUCGGACUUCGCCAACCUCGCCGCGGAGGCCGACCGCAUGGUCCGCCUCGGCGCCGACUGGCUCCACAUGGACAUCAUGGACGGGCACUUUGUUCCUAAUCUUACUAUUGGAGCUCCAGUGAUUCAGAGCUUGAGGAAGCACACCAAGGCAUAUUUGGACUGCCAUCUUAUGGUGACCAAUCCUUCGGAUUAUGUAGAACCAUUAGCAAAAGCUGGUGCCUCAGGUUUCACAUUCCAUAUAGAAGUAUCCAGAGACAAUUGGCAAGAACUCAUCCAAAGUAUCAAAGCAAAGGGUAUGCGACCGGGUGUAUCAUUGAGGCCAGGCACUCCUGUGGAGGAAGUUUUUCCCCUGGUGGAGGCAGAAAAUCCUGUUGAAUUGGUUCUUGUUAUGACAGUUGAACCUGGCUUUGGUGGUCAGAAGUUUAUGCCAGAAAUGAUGGAAAAGGUGCGUGCCCUGAGAAAGAAGUACCCAUCCCUUGACAUCGAGGUUGAUGGUGGUCUGGGUCCUUCCACCAUUGAUGUGGCUGCAUCUGCUGGGGCUAACUGCAUUGUCGCUGGAAGCUCAAUAUUUGGAGCAGCUGAACCAGGAGAGGUCAUAUCGGCACUAAGGAAGAGCGUUGAAGGAUCUCAGAACAAAAGCUGAUCUGUGGUUUUGUACUCGGUUUCUAUUGUAAACUAGGGCCACUCUGCACGUCUUCUUUACAGAGAUCCCCAGAUUGCACUACGUGAGCUGUUGAGAGAUAAUAAAAUGUGCCCUUGGCAGUUGGCACUGAUUCCAGUGUUACUAAAUGUUAAAACUCUUGGGUCCGUUUUUGAUGGACAAGUCACAAGUAAAGCUUAAUGAUACUUUGCAUGAUUUGCAUCCUGCCCUGAA